UUCCCUAGCUUUACAAUGGCGACAAAAGGUAUUAUACUGGUGAUAUUAAUGGCAGCGUUUCUGUGCGCUUUGGCUUCAGACUAUGAAAUCGAAGGAAAAAGAGGCGUUCAAACGCUAGCAGACGUUCAGCUCAAGCAAAGGUUGAACGAAAUGGACAGUCGUAAACUGAUACURCUCAAAGGUCGGGAUGGUCGUGAUGGAAAAGACGGAGCACCAGGACAGCAUGGUAGUCCAGGACAGCAAGGUAGAGAUGGUCGUGAUGGGAAAAAUGGAUUACCAGGACCAAAAGGACCUCAAGGACCACAAGGGCCAUCAGGACAAAAUGGCGCAAGAGGACCACAAGGACUUAGUGGGGGUGGUAUCGAGUACAUACGAUGGGGCAAGACGUCAUGUCCUUCUGGUGCUGAUUUGGUGUACAAAGGUCGAAUCGCAGGAGAGCAUUACACACAUACCGGAGGAGGUGCUAACUACGUAUGCGUCCCUGAAGUCCCGGAUUACCUCAACUACAAACCAGGAAGACAAAAUACUGCGUUUAUAUAUGGAACAGAGUAUGAAGUAAACGACUUCAACCCACUCUCUAAUACCGACCUCCACGACCAUGACGCUCCUUGUGUCUCCUGCUAUGUGAAGACACGAAGCUCCAAACUGAUGAUCCCAGCAACCUACAAGUGUCCCUCAGGGUGGACCAGAGAGUAUUAUGGGUACCUGAUGACGGAAUAUUAUGGCCACAAGAGUAACAAGAAUUUUAUCUGCGUAGACAAAGAUGCCGAGUCUGUAUCRGGAAGCAAGCCAAGUCUGAAUGGAGCUCUUCUCUAUCCUGUUUCUGGAAACUGUGGUUCCCUUCCUUGUAGUCCAUACGUACAAGACCGAGAACUGACAUGUGUCGUUUGUACCAAGUAGUUAUUCGAUCAGUUUCAGCUAAUUUAUUAUGAUAUAAGUUUGUAUAAUUGCUCUUAAUACUCGUGCAGUUC